AUGAACAAACGCGGUGGUGCUGUUGUUGGUGGCGGUGGUGAAGAACCAUCGGCAGUACCGAGACCUGGUAGUCUCAAGGACCCCGAGAUUGCCGAAUUGUUUGAGAAAAAUGACCCGGAAAAAAUAUUUGAAGAUCUGCGGGAGAUCGGACAUGGAAGUUUCGGGGCUGUUUACUACGCCAGGUGUUUACUCACCAAAGAGAUUGUUGCUAUCAAGAAAAUGUCCUAUCUUGGGAAGCAGACGGUGGAAAAAUGGCAGGAUAUUCUCAAGGAAAUACGCUUUCUGAGACAGCUUAAUCAUCCAAAUACCAUUGAAUAUAAAGGAUGUUAUUUGCGUGAUCAUACAGCAUGGCUGGUAAUGGAGUACUGUCUUGGCUCGGCUUCUGACAUAAUAGAAGUCCACAAACGUCCAUUAAAAGAAGACGAGAUUGCAGCAAUAUGCGAAGGAGUAUUACGCGGAUUACAUUACCUCCACUCGUUAGGUAGAAUACACCGUGACGUUAAAGCCGGUAAUAUUUUAUUAACUGAAAAUGGGACAGUUAAACUCGCAGACUUUGGUUCUGCUAGUAUUAAAUGUCCAGCGAAUAGUUUUGUGGGUACUCCUUACUGGAUGGCUCCGGAGGUUAUUCUGGCUAUGGACGAGGGUCAGUACGAUGGAAAGGUUGACGUUUGGUCGCUCGGAAUCACGUGUAUCGAAUUGGCGGAAAGAAAACCACCGUAUUUUAACAUGAACGCUAUGAGUGCGCUUUAUCAUAUCGCGCAGAAUGAUACACCAACGUUAAAUUCUCCAGAUUGGUCAGAUGUGUUUGGAUAUUUUGUUGAAGUAUGCUUGACUAAGAGUCCAAAUGAACGGCCAUCGUCUGGUACAUUACUUUUGCAUCCGUUUGUAACACGUACGCGUUCACCUCAAGUUUUAAUCGACUUGAUUCAACGAACAAAAGCAGCAGUACGUGAAUUAGAUAAUUUAAAUUAUAGAAAAAUGAAAAAAAUAUUAAUGAUUGACGCUUGUGAAACUGAAAGUGCUGCUGGUGACGCUGAUGAUACACCUGACGAACAAACAGGUGGUGAUAGCAGCAAGAGCAAUUCAAUAACAUCAGAGCACUCGAUUCAUUCAAUGGGUGUUUCAGCAAGUUCACAAAGUUCAUCAACAAAUAGUCUACCACUGCCGAACGCAGAUGCAAAUGAUUUUUCAUCUGGAUCUGUUCGUAAUCGCCACAAAGUAUCGGGUGUCACUGCCAAUUUGCUCGAACAUGGUGCCAAUAAUUUUGCCACAAUACGUACUACAUCAAUAGUUACUAAACAACAAAAGGAGCACAUGCAAGAAGAAAUGCAUGAACAGAUGAGCGGUUACAAGCGCAUGCGUCGUGAACAUCAAGGCGCGCUUGUUAAACUCGAAGAGCGCUGCAAAAUGGAAGUUGAGUCACACAAACAGCUCCUAGAUAAAGAGUAUGAAACUUUAUUGCAGCAGUUCAGCAAGGAACUGGAAAAACUGCAGUUCAGGCACAUGCAGGAGUUAGAGCGUAAGUUGAAACAAAAUCAAAAUGCCGAGAAGAAAUUACAGAAGGAAAUAAUUGGUCGUCAGGAGGCUGAUCGCAAAGCACUGGAGACUCAGCAGAAACGCGAGUACAAGGCUUACAAAGAACGGUGGAAGAAAGAGCUUUCACAAGAUGAAGUUACACCCAAGCGACAACGUGAUGCAACUCUUCAGAGUCAGAAGGAUAAUUUGAGGCAAAUGGAGGCUCAAGAAGAGCAGCGACUCGCUCGAGGCCAACGCGAGUAUCUCGAUCUGGAGAUACGUAAAUUUCGCAGAAAAAAAUUGCUCAUUUUUCACAGUCUUGAACAGGAAUUGCUGCGCGAGGAGCUCAACAAACGCCAGCAGCAAUUGGAACAAGCGCAUGCCAUGCUGUUGAGGCAUCAUGAGAAAACUCAAGAACUUGAGUACCGACAACAAAGGGCGGUACACUCGUUAAGAGAAGAACAAAUCCAACGACAACACGCCACUGAGCUAUGUAACCAGCAGGAUUAUAUGCAGCGCGCUGAGCGGGAUUUGAGGAAGAAACACGCGCUUGAAUUAAAACAGCAACCGAAGAGUUUGAAGCAGAAAGAGAUGCAGAUCAGAAAGCAGUUCCGCGAGACUUGCAAGAUUCAGACGCGCCAGUACAAAGCUCUCAAGGCCCAGAUUUUACAGACGACACCUAAGGAUGAGCAGAAAACGGUGAUCAAAAAGCUUAAGGAGGAACAAAGACGCAAGCUCGCUCUGCUGGGUGAUCAGUACGAACAGAGUAUUGCUGAGAUGCUGCAGAAGCAGAGUAUCAGGCUGGACGAGUCCCAGGAGGUUGAGUGUCAUCACCUUAAAGAGCGACUUAAUUACGAGCUCGAGAUUCUGAUGGCGUAUCAGUCCAAAAACAAAAUGCAAGCUGAAGCCCAGAGAAACCGCGAACGUCGUGAGCUAGAAGACCGUGUUUCUGUAAGACGGGCUUUGCUUGAACAGAAAAUGGAGCUUGAAACUCAAGAAUUUCUGCAGGAACGCAGCGAAAGAAUCAGGUUGUUGCAUGAGAGGCAGGAACGCGAACUUCAGCAGUUUGACGACGAGAGCGCAAGAAUUGGUUUUAGCGCAUUAGCAAUAGCCGAAGCAUCAAAAGAAUCUUAUCCAGACGACGAUAGUCUAAGUGGUUCCAUGUUGAGUUUAGCUCACAGCAAUAGCUCUACAUCUUUUCCUCCCAAUAGUCUUUAA